GCCGAGUCACCCCAUAUUUUCUCUCUCUUCCAUUUUCUCACUCAUCGUCUCUUUCAGUUGCUAAUCUUCUUCACUACACAACAUCAACAAUUGUUUUAAUCACAUUUUUAUUCAUAGUCUAUGCAAAUAGAUCUCGUUUUUCAUCUCUCUCUCCCUUUACCCAUCGAUCGAUCGAUCUCUUUACGCCACCACGAAACAAACUGUAGUGUAUACUCACGAAGCUCCCAGAUUCCUGGAUGUUUUCACGCCCUUUUUGAUGAUUAAAGAUCCUCAUUCAAUUUUCUCCGAUCAAUUUUGCUAAUUUGAUGCUCCAGUUCCUUUUAUCCGAUCAAAUAUUAAGAGGGAGCCGAUGUCAAUUAUCUGCGGUCUCCCCAUUCUCGAAUGCGUAUACUGCCUAGCAUGCACUAGAUGGGCUUGCAAGAGAUGCCUCCACAAUGCAAGCCGCGACAGCGAGUCGUGGGCCCACGCCACCCCCGAAGAAUUCGACCCGAUCCCUCGCCUCUGCCGCUACAUACUAGCCGUAUACGAAAAAGACCUCACACAGCCAACUAUGCAGCCUCCUCAAUCCUACAACAUAGAUCCGAAAUGCUUGAUCACGAAAAAAAACUACAAAGACACACGUGGCAAAGUGCCGCCGUACUUACUGUACCUCGACCACACUCACUCCGAUAUAGUUCUUGCUAUACGAGGCCUUAAUUUGGCUAAGGAGAGCGAUUAUGCAGUUUUAUUGGAUAAUAAGUUGGGGAAGAUGAAAUUCGAUGGAGGGUACGUUCAUAACGGGCUUUUGAGAGCCGCCGAGUGUAUUUUGGAUGCGGAGUGCGAUUCUUUGAAGGAAAUGGUGGAGAAGUAUCCGAGCUAUACUUUGACUUUUACGGGGCAUUCACUUGGAUCGGGUGUGGCGGCGCUGAUGACUAUUGUGGUGGUGCGGAAUCGAGAUAGGUUGGGGAAUAUCGAGAGGAGGAGGAUCAGGUGCUACGCUAUUGCGCCCGCUAGGUGUAUGUCGCUUAAUUUGGCCGUGCGGUACGCUGACGUCAUAAAUUCCGUUGUUCUUCAGGAUGAUUUCUUGCCUCGAACAGCUACUCCUUUGGAGGACAUCUUCAAAUCACUAUUCUGUUUGCCAUGCCUAUUAUGCUUAAGGUGCAUGAGAGAUACAUGCAUAUCAGAGGAGAGGAUGCUUAAAGAUUCAAGAAGGCUGUAUGCACCCGGUCGCCUUUAUCACAUUGUCGAGAGAAAACCAUUCAGAUGCGGAAGGUUUCCUCCGGAAGUGAGGACAGCAGUUCCGGUGGACGGAAGAUUCGAGCACAUAGUUCUGUCUUGUAACGCGACUUCAGAUCACGCCAUUCUUUGGAUAGAGAAAGAAGCUCAAAAGGCUUUGGAAUUGAUGCAAGAGAAAGACAACGAGCUGAAAAUUCCUGCAAAGCAGAAGAUGGAGAGGCAGAAGACGUUAGUUAAGGAGCACGAAGAAGAGCACACUGCUGCUCUGCGAAGGGCAGUUACUUUAGCGGUUCCACACGCAUUUCCGCCUCCUCAAUACGGAACCUUCGAUGAAAAGGAUAACGAGGGUGACUCAUCAGGUAAAGGCAAGGGUAAAGAAAGUUGGGGUGUACUUAUCGAUCGUCUUUUUGAGAAGGGCGAUUCUGGUCAUAUGGGUCUAAAGAAACUUAUUUUUUCUGAUUGA